AUGACCGGGGACAUGCGGGCCCUGCUGUGCCUCUGGCUGGUGGCCCAGGUGGCCCAGGUGGCCCUGUCCUCCCGGGUCCGCACCCGCCGGGAGCUGAGCCCCGGUUUGUACGAGCACGGGGUCUACGACGCCGGGGGCUCCUACUGCCAGCGGGGGGACGUGUGCUGCCACGGCCGCGACGAUGGCUGCACCGUGCCCUAUCACGACACCCUCUGCUACUGCGACCUCUUCUGCAACCGCACCGUGUCCGACUGCUGCCCCGAUUUCUGGGAAUACUGCCUGGGCAUCCCGGCCCCCUUCCCCAAAGCCGCAGGCUGUUCCCGUGCAGGACGCAAUUAUCCCACCGGAGCCACGUACCGGGAGAACUGCAACCUGUGCACCUGCGGCCCCGGCGGGCAGUGGCAGUGCGAGGACCACGCCUGCCUGAUGGAUGGGGAGCUCAUCGACGCCGUCAACAGAGGCAAUUACGGCUGGAGAGCCGCCAACUACAGCCAGUUCUGGGGGAUGACCCUGGAGGACGGGAUCCGGUACCGCCUGGGCACCUUCCGUCCCUCUCCCACCGUCAUGAACAUGAACGAGAUGCACAUGAACAUGGACACUAACGAGGUGCUGCCGCGUCACUUCGAUGCCGCCGCGAAGUGGCCGGGGAUGAUCCACGAGCCCCUGGACCAGGGGAACUGCGCCGGCUCCUGGGCGUUCUCCACGGCCGCCGUGGCCUCGGACCGCAUCUCCAUCCACUCCAUGGGACACAUGACCCCCGCGCUGUCCCCACAAAACCUCCUGUCCUGUGACACCCGCAACCAGCGCGGCUGCAACGGGGGGCGCCUGGACGGAGCCUGGUGGUACCUGCGCAGGAGAGGGGUGGUGACAGACGAGUGCUACCCGUUCACGAGCCAGCAGAGCCAGCCCGCCGCCCCGCCCUGCAUGAUGCACAGCCGCUCCACGGGCCGGGGCAAGCGACAGGCGACAGCGCGGUGCCCCAACCCCCAGACCCAUUCCAACGAGAUCUACCAGUCCACCCCCGCCUACCGCCUCUCCUCCAGCGAGAAGGAGAUCAUGAAGGAGCUGCUGGAGAACGGCCCCGUGCAAGCCAUCCUGGAGGUGCACGAGGAUUUCUUCAUGUACAAGAGCGGGAUCUAUCGGCACACGCCGGUGGCCGAGGGGAAGGGAAAGAAGCACCAGAGACACGGGACCCACUCGGUGAAAAUCACGGGGUGGGGAGAGGAGCAGCUGCCUGAUGGCCAGAUCCAAAAAUACUGGACUGCGGCCAACUCGUGGGGCACAGCGUGGGGCGAGGGCGGCCACUUUCGCAUCGCCCGCGGCGUCAACGAGUGCGAGGUGGAAACUUUCGUGGUGGGGGUUUGGGGCCGCGUCAGCAUGGAGGACAUGCCCCAUAAGUGAGCCCCGCGCUGCCCACGAUGUCCCUGUCCCCAGU